AUGAGAAAAGUUGAAAUAUUAAUUUGCUUACUAGUCAGUGGAGUAGUUUCCUCAAUGGGACACCUUUUGUUCCUAAAGGAAUUUCUGAAAGCAGUGCACAACGAAAAAUCUAUUUCCACUCUGCUUCUGAUGCAAAGGGAAGUUCAUAGGAAGGACAUACUGGAGGAAAUAUAUCCCAUGUCCUGGCCCAUAAUGUGUUUGGAUGAAACUCAAAAAAUUGAGUUGUUUUACCACUUCAAUAAUGAAAUUCUGGCACUCGUCUUAAUGGAUUCUUUGAAGGAUUUAUUGCUACUCUCAGCACUGGCUGCCAACUUCAAUCACAUGAGGGAGGCCAGGAUUGCAAUUUUUAUGCAGUUCAUGCCUUCUCAGAAGUUUCUGGAAGACAUCGCACAUCAGGCAGCUGAGUACAAGUACCUCAAUCUGCUGGUAAUCGAAAAGUCCAACAAAAUCUAUAGAUUGUGCCCAUUUCCCCAGCCAAAGUUCGAAGUGUUCGUCCAACCGCUUGAAGGAAAGGAAAUCUUUCCCGUUUUCUGGAACAACUUUAUGGGAAAGAUCGCUGUAACAAUGCCCGACAUGGUGCCACCUCGAAGUUUUUUCUCGAUAGAUCCUCAAACGGGACGCAGCAGAUCCAGUGGCUACGUUUACCAUUUGUUGAAAGACUUUUCCCGCAGGCGCAAUAUCACGCUGGCAUUGCUAAGGCCCCUAAACGAAAAAAGUUCUCAAGUGGAUCUUAUAGAGAUGACAGUUAGGGGUGAGUUGGAUAUACCAAUGACCGGUCAGUUGCUCAACUUCAGACACCCGAAUGUGAGCAAAGUGGAGUCGUUUCUGGGAAUGACAGCGAUUUCCAUAGCAGUGCCUUGUGGUCGAGAGCUUUCUUUGUUUGACCGGUUUUUUGCCGUCUUUGGCCUUGCAUCACCUAUCUCUUUUUCGGGUCAUACUUUCUUCUUAGUUGCGCAGGAUGUAAUUUUAAGAACAAUAAGUGAUCGAGUCAGACACCAUUGUCGCCGUUUGGAAUUCCUUAGCAUGGUGCUUAACCUGCGAGUGCUAUGUUGCCUUUUAGGCAUGUCGAUUCCGCUUGGGAACAAAGUUCGAUCCAUCAGGGGGCAGUUGACAAUGACAAUGAGUUUUACAGGCCUAAUGUUGGCCUGCAUUGCGGCAGGCCAAACCAGCUACCUGAUUACCAUAAACCCGCAGUACCGGUAUAUAAAGAACUUACAAGAACUGUACGACAGUAACUUAACCGUCGUGUUUAACCGCCAGAGCUACGAGAUGAUCAAGCAAAUGGACCCCGAGAUUCUAUUUCCAUUUUUGUCAAAUUAUUGGAUCACAAGCAGUCGGGAGCAAAUUGAAAUGAUCGUCGCUUUAAAUACUAGCUAUGCCUACCAGACCUUCUCAUACAGAAACGAUCCCUUUUCGGAGCUGCAAAGGCAUUCCACCCGAAAGGCCUUGUGUAGGACCCCGGAACUGGACCUUGUCGGUGGUCUCUCAUACUCCUCCGUUCUGCAACAGAAUUCGAUUUACGCAUUAGCCCUACGCGAUUAUGCCAGUCAAGUCUGGAGUGCAGGACUGCACGAUUACUGGGUAAAAAAAGCCGUUCGGGAUUUGGUGUCCACCGUGAGGAAUGACCGAAUUAUCAGGUUGCCGUUUGUGACCGAAUUUAAGCCCAUUAAUCUUCAGGAUUUUAAAGGCGGUUGGUACAUGCUUGCAGUAGGCUGGACUUUAGCCUUAUGUGUUUUCAUCGCGGAAGUUUUAGUCGGUUGGAGAAGAGGACGAUUGAGGAAUAUUUCAACCUAA